AUGUCUUCCGACCCCAAAUCCCUCCGCCAAUUGUUCGGCGCCUCUCCAUCCACUGCUUCAGUCAAAGACUCCACUUUGAUCAUCAUCGAUGCCCAAAACGAAUACGCCUCAGGCAAACUAAAGGUCGAAAAUGUCGACCAGAGCCGCAAAGUCAUCGCCGAUCUGCUCUCUCGAUACCGCCGUGGCGGUAAUGGCAGUAACAUCGUUCACGUUGUCCACGAAGUACCCGAGGGUGCACCGGUCUUCACACCUGGCACACCGUUGGCAGCUGAAUUCGAUGAGCUGAAGCCUCAAUCUGGCGAGAAGGUUAUUGCUAAGAACUUCCCGAGUUCGUUUGCUCAGACCGAUUUGCAUGAGUAUCUUCAGGGUUUGGGUAGUGUGGGAAAGCGGAUUGUUCUUGUGGGAUAUAUGGCUCAUGUUUGUGUUUCUACUACUGCACGGGCUGGAGAUGAGCUGGGGUAUGAUGUCUUGGUUGUGUCGGAUGCUAUUGGUGAUCGCCAUAUUCCUGGUGUUCAAGCUGAGACGUUGGUGUCUGUUGUGCUCUCUGAAUUGGAAGAUGGGUUUGGCACUGUGAUUCGCGCUGCCGAUAUUACUGAAUAA